AACGAAAAAAGCAGCGCGCACAUUCAGUUUAAGUUUAUGACAAAAGAAAAUUCGUCAUAAAAACAUGACCGCACAAGCAAGCGUCAUAUCACACGUUAGAAAUACGUGCUCGUCAAUUAGCCUCACGUAAACGAAGUGGUAUAGCAGGGUUGCUCUCGUCGGCAACAUUUUCAACAAAUAUAUCCUGAACUCGACUGAAAUUGUGUGACACUCUAUAGUGGAGUCUGCAUGUUUUUUUUUUCACCGCCUUGACGGAGUCAAUCAUCUAGUGUAUCUCUUCCAUCUGCACAUCAUCACUAAGACGUUAUUGCACGUUUUAGGUGGUGGGUCUACGAGGGAAUAUCCACAUGGCACUUUUGCUCUGGGCCCGACCAGUCCCCACGGGUGACAGCCCAGCCACCAGGUGCUUGCCUGAGAGCCCAUUUACCUGGGGUUGGCUACAGGUUGAGGCCACGUUGCCACAUUCGGUCCAUCACCUAGGACCUGUUUGCCUUCGGACACCCAACCAGGGGCAUUAGCCCUGGGAACAUAACUCCUAGGAUCACUCGGGUACUCUAUCCACGCCACCAUGAUAAGAGACACAAUAAAUAACAAUGGCAUUGAACGUGCUCGGUCUGGUGGUGAUGGCGGCGUUCUAUCUACUAAUCCUGGGAACUGGCAUCUAUGCAUCCGUGCGCUCCAGGAAGGAGGAGAAAAAGUGGUCGGGAGACGGAAUAGAGAUCACGCUACUAGCUGGACGUAAAAUCAACUUGCUAGUGGGCGUCUUCACUCUUACAGCCACGUGGGUAGGCGGAGGAUUUAUCCUUGGUAUCGCUGAAGCAACAUACAACCCGACAUUAGGAGCCGUGUGGGCUCUCAUGCCAGUGCCGUAUGUCCUUACGUUCUUCUUAGGUGGCUUUUUCUUUGCAAAGCCCAUGAGAGAGAACAAGUAUGUGACAAUGAUGGAUCCUUUUCAGCAGAAGUACGGGAACGUACUGGCCACUGCUCUGAUUUUUCCGGCACUAGUUGCUGAUGUGCUAUGGGUGGCACGCACACUCGUCAGCCUGGGUGGAACUAUGAGUGUGAUCCUGGACCUUUCUUACAUCUACUCCAUCAUCAUCUCCUCGGUGGUGGCCAUUGUCUACACGCUCCUGGGGGGGCUCUACUCUGUGGCUUACACGGAUGUCAUCCAGCUCACCCUCAUAUUUGUCAGCCUGUGGGUGUGUGUACCUUUCCUAUUGACCAACCCACACUCUUUGGACAUUUCACUGACCGCCUACAAUCAGGGCUUCCAGGCUCCUUGGAUUGGCAAGGUGGAGUAUAAUGAAGUCGGCAAGUGGUUUGACGACUUCAUGGUGCUGGCUUUGGGUGGUUUGGCUUACCAAGCGUUCUACCAAAGGAUACUGGCCGCCUCAUCAUACACCCAGGCUCAAAUGACCUGCUUUAUUUCAGCCUCCUUUUGCCUGGUGCUGGGUGUCCCCUCUAUAUUGUUCGGAGCAGUUGCCGCGUCUACUGACUGGAACUCAACAGUCUAUGGACUACCAACUCCAUAUCAACGUGGCGAGGCAGGUUCCAUCCUCCCCAUUACCCUGCAGUACCUCACUCCCACCUAUGUGUCCAUCAUUGGUAUUGGAGCUGUAGCUGCUGCUGUCAUGUCCUCCAUGGACUCUGCCCUGCUGUCCUCUGCAUCAUUGUUUUCCUCCAACAUCUACAAGAACAUUCUCAGAAAGCAGGCAUCAGAUCGUGAGAUGCGGUGGGUUAUUCGUGUCUCGGUGGUGGCUGUGGGUCUGGCUGGUACUGGCCUCACCUUCCUGGACAGCAGUGUUCUGGUCUUCUGGCUUGUGGGUGUGGACAUGUCCUUCACCAUCAUGUUCCCUCAGCUGGUUUGCAUCCUUUUCUUCAAGGUGUCCAAUGGCUACGGUGCUAGUUUGGGCUUCUUCUUGGGAAUCAUUAUGAGAGUUCUAAGUGGAGAGCCACUCAUCGGCUUGCCACCUGUCAUCUCCUACCCUGGCAUCCGGAAAAAUAAAGAGGGCACACUUACCCAAUACUUCCCCUUCCGCACUACUAUCAUGCUCACCUCGCUGCUAUCCAUCCUGCUGUUCUCCUGGCUGAUGAGUGUCAUUUUUGACAAAGGCCUGUUGUCUGAGAAGUGGGAUUUUUUUAAGAUCAAAAGCCAGCAGAACAUCUCCGAAGACAAGAGGACCCGUGGAAACAAAGUAAAGGUAUCCAUGUUCAAGCAGCUACUGGACACCACCAGCGGCAGACGGGCCUAAGAAGUAAAUAGAUGGGUCCGGACAGGAGGCAGACAUGCUCAUCUGCUCAACAGGAGUUAACAGUCUUGACGUGAGAAGAGAGUCAGUAUAGAAACACUGAAUUUGUGUCACACGCUGUACAGACCAACAUAUCCUCUGAGCACCCUAACAUCAGUUAACUCCUAGAAAAAAUAAUGAUCAAAGUCGUCAACGUCUUUGUAUUUGAACAAUCCAUGAACACAUAAAAUGUUAUGUGACUGAUUCAAAACACUGAAAAAAUGAUGAGCCUUGUUAUAAUCCGUAUCACACAGACUUGGCUCAGCCAUUUAAAUUCCUUUCCAUUUGGAAACGAAAGUGUUAUCUUCCUGUUUCAUGUUCCUGCUUUGGUCAUGUUCCAGUUUUCCUUGCGUGAAUUAAUAUUGGUGUAUUUCUCACUCGUAUUGUGUGUUCAAGUUAGAUACCCUGGUAUCUUGUGUAAAACAGCACCAAAAGUCACAGCGAUAGUCCAGGUAAUCUAGGUAAAAAAGCCUGUAGCUCAUUACCUAGCACAGCUGCUGCAGGAAGAGGACAAAACUUAAUUCCGUUCAUUGACGACAUCACAACUCUCAUCAAAUCGUUUUCCAAGUAUUGUAUUCUUCAGCUAUCCUUCCUGUCAAUUUGGUGCUGUCCUACCUAGCUUCUUUUUUUUUUUGCUCCUGGACUCCCACUUGUUAAGAGGGCCUUGUGUUUUGCCACAUGAGGAUCCAGCCUUUGAGUCUGCAUUUUGCGUUCUUUUCUGCCAGACAAAGUAUUGAUCCAUGAAAUUAAAGGAGUUUGUUAAUGGGGAUAUGCACCAAUUUGUAAAAUACAGGAAUGAGAGACGGGUGGAGAAAGGAGAUUUUUAAGUUUUUAAAGUUGCCAAUAAAAGAAAAAAAGACAA